CCCCCCUUCCCGCCCCUGCCCGCGCCCGUUAUGUGCCGGCGCGCCCAGGGCCGCAGCGGCCGCGUUCCCCCGGCACGGCCGGGGCAGGGACUCGCUCGGUUUGGCUCCGUGUCACACACAGAUGUGACUCUUGUCCGUUCCCUGCGAAUUGUACGACCGUGACGGCUCACCUCCUCCCGCCUCCCUCCACCCCCACCGCGGCACAAAAAAAAAAAAAGCCAAAAAAAAAAAAAAAAAGCCAAAAAAAAAAACCUAACAAACCCACCCCUUUGACAAAAAUCUCCUCAGAUCCCACACCGAGCAGCAGCAGCCGCCGCAGCACAGCCCGGGAGCGGAUGGAGCAAUGGUCCAAACCACCUGAAGGUGUGAGGGUGAGAGACAGAGAGGAAAGCGGGGAGGACGAAGGGGAGAAAGGAGAGACGGAGAGAGGGAGAGUGGAGAGGCGCUGAGUCCCGAGGCAGCAGGAAGGGUGCAGGCACUGCCGCUGAGAGGAGAUCGAGAGACAGGGGGUGCACUUGACAACCAGCAUGCAGAGAUGUCAGAAGAGGCAGAAGUGGAUGUGAGAGACAGACACACACAGAGACACAGAGAGCGAAAGAGGGCAAGAGACUUGACUUUAAGAGACUCCUGCACUGACAACUCCAUGCAGUUCGGAACAAGAACGGCAGCAACCGACUCUGGUUUCAUGGGGACAUGGCAGAACACUGACACUAACCUCCUGUUCAGAAUGUCCCAACAGGCUAUCCGCUGUACACUGGUAAAUUGCACAUGUGAAUGUUUUCAGCCAGGGAAGAUUAACCUGAGAACCUGUGAUCAGUGUAAACAUGGCUGGGUGGCACAUGCCUUGGACAAGCUUAGUACUCAGCACCUCUACCACCCAACCCAGGUGGAGAUCGUGCAGUCCAACGUUGUGUUUGACAUCAGCAGCCUGAUGCUUUACGGUACCCAGGCUGUGCCUGUGAGACUGAAGAUACUACUUGACCGACUCUUCAGUGUACUGAAGCAAGAGGAGGUGUUGCAUAUUCUACAUGGCUUAGGCUGGACACUUCGAGACUAUGUUCGAGGCUACAUCCUUCAGGAUGCUGCAGGCAAGGUGCUGGACCGCUGGGCCAUAAUGUCCAGGGAAGAAGAGAUCAUUACCCUUCAGCAGUUCCUGAGAUUUGGAGAAACCAAAUCCAUUGUGGAGCUGAUGGCAAUUCAAGAAAAAGAAGGGCAGGCUGUGGCUGUGCCAUCUUCAAAGACAGAUUCAGAUAUAAGGACUUUUAUUGAAAGCAAUAAUCGCACCAGGAGCCCAAGUCUCCUUGCUCACCUGGAGAAUAGCAACCCUUCCAGCAUUCAUCAUUUUGAAAACAUCCCGAAUAGUCUUGCAUUCCUGCUACCAUUCCAAUACAUAAAUCCAGUCUCUGCUCCACUGCUGGGGCUGCCUCCAAAUGGCCUCCUGCUGGAACAGCCAGCAAUGAGGCUCCGUGAACCAAGCCUUACAGCUCAAAAUGAAUAUAAUGAGAGCAGUGAAUCUGAAGUUUCACCUACACCUUUCAAGAAUGAGCAAACAUCCAGCAGGAAUGCUUUGACCAGCAUCACAAAUGUUGAACCCAAAACUGAGCCACCCUGUGUCUCCCCUGUUCAGACACCAACACCUGUCAAUGAUUUAUCAAAAACAGAGCAUACUAAAAGUUCAUUCCGCAUUCACAGAAUGAGGAGAAUGGGGUCUGCCUCUAGAAAAGGAAGAGUGUUUUGUAAUGCAUGUGGCAAAACCUUCUAUGACAAAGGUACGCUUAAAAUCCACUACAAUGCUGUUCACCUGAAAAUCAAGCACCGUUGCACUAUUGAGGGCUGCAACAUGGUCUUCAGCUCUCUCAGAAGCCGCAAUCGACACAGCGCUAACCCCAACCCCCGUCUCCACAUGCCUAUGCUAAGAAAUAACCGAGACAAAGAUCUAAUUCGUGCCACAUCGGGUGCUGCCACCCCAGUCAUAGCAAGUACGAAAUCCAACCUAACUUUAACAAGCCCUGGGCGUCCACCAAUGGGAUUUACCACUCCUCCUCUAGAUCCUGUACUACAAAAUCCUCUUCCCAGUCAGCUGGUGUUUCCAGCUUUAAAGACUGUUCAACCUGUUCCUCCUUUUUACAGAAAUUUACUUACUCCUGGAGAAAUGGUGAGUCCUCCAACCUCCCUCCCUACCAGUCCAAUAAUACCAGCAGCAAGUGGCAUGGAGCAGCAUCCCCCUCCUCCUUCAGAGUCAUCAGUACCAUCAGUGCUGAUGCCCACCUCAGAGCCUAAUGCUGACCUUGCCCCUAAGAAGAAGCCAAGGAAGUCAAGCAUGCCAGUUAAAAUAGAAAAGGAAGUUAUUGAUACUGCCGACGAAUUUGAUGAUGAAGAUGAAGAGGUGAAUGACAGCGGCACAAUGGUAAAUGACAUUGGUCACGACAAUCACUGCCAUUCUCAGGAAGAAAUGAGCCCAGGCUUGUCUGUGAAAGACUUUUCCAAAACUGACAGAAACAGAUGCAUUUCCAGACCAGAUAUAAGAAGGGCAGACAGUAUGACAUCAGAAGACCAGGAGCAUGAGAGAGACUAUGAAAACGAGUCUGAGACUUCAGAGCCAAAACUGUGUGAAGAAUCCAUGGAAGGUGAUGACCGCCUCCAUGAACCUGUUGAAAAAUCUAUGAUGCACAGUGACAGACCAGAUGAAAACCACAAUGACUCUUCUAACCAGGAUGUCAUUAAGGUGAAGGAAGAGUAUACAGACCCUACAUAUGAUAUGUUCUACAUGAGCCAAUAUGGACUGUACAAUGGAGGAAGUGCCAGUAUGGCUGCCCUUCAUGAAAGUUUUGCUUCCACAUUCAACUAUAACAGCCCUCAGAAGUUCUCCCCAGAAGGUGAAAUGUGCUCAAGCCCAGACCCCAAGAUCUGCUACGUGUGCAAGAAAAGUUUCAAGAGUUCCUACAGUGUGAAACUUCACUACAGAAACGUUCAUUUAAAAGAGAUGCAUGUCUGCACGGUGGCUGGCUGUAAUGCUGCGUUCCCAUCACGGAGAAGCAGAGACAGACACAGUGCUAAUAUAAACCUGCACCGUAAACUGUUGACCAAAGAACUGGAUGACAUGGGCCUGGACUCCUCACAGCCUUCUCUUAGUAAGGACCUUCGUGAUGAAUUUUUGGUGAAGAUAUAUGGCGCUCAGCAUCAGAUGGGGCUUGACAUAAGGGAAGACACCUCCUCGCCUGCUGGUACUGAGGAUUCCCAUAUGAAUGGGUACGGCAGGGUCAUGUCAGAAGACUAUAUGGUUCUAGACCUGAGCACCACCUCCAGCAUCCAGUCCAGCAGCAGUAUCCAUUCCUCAAGAGAAUCUGAUGCAGGAAGUGAUGAGGGCAUUCUCCUGGAUGACGUCGAUGGGGCAAGUGACAGCGGGGAAUCUGCCCACAAAGCAGAUGCCCCUGCCUUAGCUGUAGGUAUGGGCACUGAUGUCCCAGGAUCCCUCAUGUUCAACAGUGUUUCGGUGAGCAACGGUGGGAUAAUGUGUAACAUUUGCCACAAAAUGUACAGCAACAAGGGAACCCUCAGAGUGCACUAUAAAACAGUGCACUUGCGAGAGAUGCACAAAUGCAAAGUCCCUGGGUGCAACAUGAUGUUCUCCUCUGUCCGUAGCCGAAACCGGCACAGUCAGAAUCCCAACCUGCAUAAAAACAUUCCCUUCACUUCAGUAGAUUAGUUCAAGGAUGGACACGGCAUAAUGCCAGCUCUCAGAGAGGGCCCACCACAUUUGAACUGCCAUAUACAGCCUCCCUUGAUAUAUAUAUAUAUAUAUAUAUAUAUAUAUAUAUAAAUAUACAUAUAUAUAUAAUCUUUUUCUUUUCUUUUUUAACAAAAGAAAGAAACACCAGGUGCUUUUUCCCUUCGUUGGUCGUUGUUUUAUUUUUUCUUUUUUUUUGGGGGGGGGGCGGGAAGGGGAUAGAAACAAAAAGGUGGGAUCUUUAAUCUGGGGUGAGAUACCCUUCAAGAGGAAAAAAAAAAAGCAAACAAAAACAAAAAAACAAACCCACAGAAAACUUGCAGUUGUCCUUAGUUCUGUUAGAAUGUUCUCGGUCAUCUCCAAAGUGACAAUUUUCUUCUACCCAUUAUUAUCACCUGAAAAAAAAAAAAAAAAAAAAAAAAAAAAAAAAAAAAAAAAAAAAAAAAAAAAANAAAAAAAAAAGAAAAAAAAACAGGAAAAAAAUUGCAAAGGAAAAAAAAAUAAGAAAAAAAAUCUACUUAGUUGUCUUUGUGUCUUCUAAGCAUUGGGGAUAACGUUCUACUAAGCAUGGCUGUUACACUUGUAUAUAUAUAUUGAGCCUUGACAGGCCUAUGAUGUAAAACAAUUGUAUUGAUGGUGGUUUAACUCUUUUUUUUAUUAUUAUUAUUUUCCUUAAUUUUUACAGUUACAUUCAGCUGUUAGAUAAGCAGGAAAAAAUAGUUUGCUGGCUAGUUGUACUCAUUUAUGUUAGCUUUAAUGCACAUUUUUAAAAGAACCACGGUCUUGAUUUAACUACCUGCUAGAUAUAAGUAAUACAGAGGUGCUGGCAUGCUUUACAGUACCUGAUCUGAUACCAUUUUUUUGUCUUGUACUAUUACAUAAAUCCAGUCAUGCACUUUUUCGUACACUACGAGGGGAUGUGUAAUAAUAUCCAUGCUCUUUUUUUUUUUUUUUUUUUUUUUUUUUCCUUAAACUAUUGCCAUAAUUUCAGUAAGUGUCUUUAAAGAAAUACACUUAGAUUAAAGUGGUCUGGUCAGUAUGAGGGCAUGAAUGCCAAACAAAGAGUAUUAGUGUUUAGUGUUAAUACAAAAGUGCCAACUUUGCACACAUUUUGAAAAAAAAAAAAAAAAAGAAAAAAAAGAAAAGAAAGAAAGAAAAAGAAAGAAAAUGUAGUUACUUAUUCACCAUAACCACAGUUGUCGUUUUUGGACUACAGUAAAAAGUACUGGGGAGGGAAACGGGGUAAAGUGAAAUACAGAAUUCUUGGUGCUUUUUUCAAGUGCCAACUAUUACUAGAAACAAUAGAGCAUCCUCAUUCCAUAUAUAAUACAUUAUAUGAAAGAAGAAAAACAGAAUUGUGUCACGUGAAUUGGUGUAAACUUCUUUUUUGUUGAACAUGCAUAAUAUUUGGGGAUAUAAAUGCUGAUACUACUUGUCACAGAACAAAGAUGAAUAUAAUUUUGUGUGCUUCUUACUAUGGCCUGGAUUUUUUGCAGUGGUUUUUUUUUUGUUUUGUUUUGGUUUGGUUUUUUCUUUUUUUGUUUUUGUUUUUGUUUUUGUUUUUUUGUUGUUUAAAAAGGAACAGGGAAAUAAUGUUAACUAUGUUAGCUAUGAUGUUCUGUAAAGUUGUCCUUUUUUUUUUUUUUUUUUUUUUUUUUGCAACGGAAAGUUCUGUAGUAUAAUUAAAGCAUGUUUUAUAGAAGCAAUCAAAAGAUGUUAAAGGCAGAAGCACUUAGAAGCUCUGAGAACACAUGCUGGAAUUGUUAUUGGGUAACUUUCCCUUUGGAUAAAUUGCAGAUCAGAAAAAAAAAAAGAAAAACAACAACAACAAAAAAGGAUCUCUAGUUGUGUUAAUGUUUUGUGUUUCACCCACAAGCUUUGUCAGAAAAGAAUCAAAGCCCAGGAAAUAGAGCCAGCAAGACAGAGAGCAUGGGCAGGAAAGGGAGAAGGAGCUAGCCAUUGAGAAAGACAGAGAGAAUGAGAAGCUGUCCUCUGAAUUGUUUUUGUUUCCGGUGUUUACACAUGUUGCUCGAGCUGGUAAACCACACUGGCAGGCUGUGUUACCGCAACAUACUGUGUGAGUGAUGGUAUUUACUUACGUUCAGUCUACAGCCAAAACCGUUGUUGUAGACUCUUCUUGACAGAAAUAACAGCAAAAACGAAGGCAAAAACAAAGCAAAAUAAGGGGUAUUUCAGCAUCCAAUAAAAUAUUUGUUCGUUGAGAAUGUGUUCCUUUUCUGUACUUACUGACCCAGAAUAUUAGCCCAGAGUCAGAAAUGCUCCUAUGCUUCAGCUUGUGGCUGUUUUGAUUUGUUGCGCAUUUUGAACAUUCUUAUCUUUAUGUCCACAUCAGUACUUACUCCUGUUACAUUUUUCUAGAGGAACCUCUUAAUAUGGAUUUCCUCUUUUACAGUCCUUUUUAUGCAUUUCAGUACUCUUGUUUCCAAAAGCAGCAAUCAAUAGCUAAUAAAUCAGUAUUUUCAGCUGUAGAAAAGAGAAAAAUCCUUCUAAGUUAAUUCUCACUGUGCUUCUGUGGGUUACAAGCCUCUGAUCAGUUUUUGAUUCUGUGCACUGGUGAAGCUCGGAAAACUUUUUGUGGAUCCCGCAAUAACUAUAAUGAAAGUUUACCCUCUGGUUUAACAAAAAGAAAGUUUAUAGCAAAAAGCAAGGCCGUUUCACUAACUGUUUUUCUUUCAUCUUUUUUAUUUUUCCUUGAAGUCUCUACUAUUUUCCCUUGUUAAAUUGAGUAUAGAGAUCUGCUUUGCUUUGUUUUAUGUUGUGCAAGCUCAGUGUGUUAGUGACAGAGGAAAAUUAGAACAGUAAAGGUGCAUUCCUCUAAAACACAUGGUCUUUUGUAGGGUUACCUGCACUGCACUCCUGCCCCUCUUUCCAGGCUACUAGGAACCAAGCAAGACAGAUAGUCUAAAAACCAAUACAACAACAACAACAACAACAAAUUGAAUUAUUUCUAUAGGGAAAACUAAACAAAAGAAAACAAAAACACUGUUUUGAACUAUGUAUGUUAUAAAUAAAUAUUGUUUUUAAUGAAAAACACUUGAGGUAUAUAAGUAAUUCCUCUCUGAAUGGUUCUGCAUUCUCAUUUCAUUCUCAUUCUGUUGGAGGUCAAAUGAUUUUGGAAAAAUUGUUUGAAAAAGCAAACAUCAUCUGUAGAUAAAUUUGGCAGAUUAAUUACAAGAGUAAAGAUCGGUUUAUUUCAUAAAAUGAAACAGGGUUAAAAAAAAAAAAAG